AUGAAGAACAAGUUUGCCCUAUGUUUUCGACCUGUUGUACUCGAAACAGAAGAACCUGAUCCUGAUGAUCAUGAUCACAACAGUGUUAUCGAUGAUGUUGCGGUUUCUAAGGCUAUCAUCGUUGCAAAAGCACAGAAGAAGAAAAAUAGAAUGAUCCCACAAGUAAUGAGCCCUUCAACCUUGGAUGGUAAUGGUGGAAAUCUUCGAGUUCCUUGCUUUCCUCUCCCUAAAACACACUCAAGAAAAACCCUCCCAGGAGUUCUCAAAUCCAUCUUAUAUGAAACCUCACCUAGAAUGAGGGUCCAAAAUGGAAAAAUUCGUCAACUGACACCCCCAGAAAAGACUGAUGAUCAUGUAGAAGAAAGCAUUAGUCCUUCGGUGAAAGUGGAUGAUGAUAAACGAGUGAAAUUCAAGAAAGUGAAAGAGGCUAAUAUUUCUGAAGAAAACGAAAUUAUUUCAAGAAUUUCUUCAUCAUCUUCUUUUUCUUCUUCAAGUACGGUAAGCUCAUCAUCUAAUCAAUCAUCAACAGACUUCAGAUCACUAUCCAUGAAAAGGGCCUUAGCAAGAUCAAGGUCCAAUUCAUUUGAUCAGAAGAAAAGAGCAAAGACUUCUAAGCCAAAUGACAAAACAUUGGAUUUCUCCUCUUCAGAUGGUGGUAAAGAUAAAGGCUUAGUUUUUUAUUGGAUGGUUUUGUCCCUAUUAGCUACCAUCUUAUGGGGCAAGAUUUUUGCAAUCCCUUUGGCCUCAUUGUGGCUGUACUCUAUUCCUCGCCGGAGAAGUGGGAUGGAACAAAGGCUGCCGGAAAAUAAGGCCGGGAAGUUGCCGGAGAUAGAGCCACCUAAAUCUAGGGAAUAUAAGAAGAAAAUCAUAAUGGAAGGCUUGCUUGAGAGGAAGCCACUGCAGCAGAAAGCAUUAAAUUUUUGACGUGAAAGGAAAAUUAACUUUUUGCGUGUAUGAAUGUGUAAAUACUUUGAUGUCGUCCCCUGUCAUUGAAAGCA